UCUACCAUGGCGACCCCUAUGCCUGCGCGACACGAUCACAGUGCGCCGGUCUUCAAGACUACUGCCGACCUUCCCGGAUAUCUCGACGAACUCGAACGUCUAUUUAGCGAACAUGGUGUCACCGGGGAACGCGAGAAAGUCAAUGCUUCUCUUCGUUACCUACCGCAUCUCGAAACUCGUGUCUGGAAGUCUGUUGGUGCCUUCACAGAUCUGACGAAGACCUGGGACGAAUUCAAGGCCGAAGUUAUUAAACUUUAUCCAGGGUCGUCCAUCGAAGGACAAACUACUCGUGGCGACCUAGAAACUCUGGUCAAUGCACGCGCGGCCUCUCCCAUCUUGACUCGCGCGGAACUGGGUGAAUACAACCGGCGGUUCAAGGUUCUCGCCGACGACCUACUCAAGAAGCACGGCGGGAAGAUCUUCUCCGACAAUGAAGCAAACUACGCCUACCUUCGAGGUUUCAUGGCCGGCGACUUCCGGAAGAAUCUCAUUAUGCGCCUAACCCUCACCAACCCCGACCAUGACAGCGAGCUAGCUUACGAUCGCAACAAGUGUGACGACUGUGGCGAGACUCAUGAUCACGCCUCAGCACGCCAGCUCCAGAAACUCCGCGUUCUCCGCCCGCUCAUCUCGAACCAAGUACAAGCCGAAUGCGUGAUAGACUCCGGGUCAGAGGGCGUCAUGAUGCGCAAGGACGUCUGGGCGGCUACCGGUUUACCUCUCUAUGUCGACGACGCCAUCAACAUCACAGCCGCGAACUCCACUACUACACGUACCCUAGGCGGCCUCCGCAACGUCCUAUUCAACAUUGGCGGCAUGGAGAUCUACCUCCAGGUUCAAGUCAUUGAAGAUGCGCCUUGGGAGGUCCUCCUCGGUCGCUCAUUCUUCACCCACACGGCUUGCGAAACGAAGGACUCACCUGAUGGAUCAUCGCUGCUCACUCUCACACACCCGGAGACUGGUGAACGCGUCCAAGUUCCGACGCUCGAGCGCCCAAAACGGCAUUCUCCCCGCAAGAUCCAGGGUUUUGUUUAG